AUGACUUCUUCUUCAAAUAAUAUUUUACAAAAAUGUUCAACUGAAACCUCAGUGGUUUCGGUUCCAGUCUCAACGAAUAUAAUUAUUGAUUCACCAACUAUAUCGAUACAAAAUGGACUUUCGUCCAAUGUUUCACUUGAUGGUUUCCAACAAGUAGAAAAUAAAAAUAAAAAUAAAAUCAAACGUAAACUGGUGACAUCUACAAUUAAGAAAAAACGUACACAUUAUCAAAAUAUUAUUUCAAACCUUGUUGUACCUUCACCUAUGCCUUCUAUACCGGCCCCUAUUACUGCUGAACCUCUUUUACAUAAGGUAGUUCGACAAGUAGAAGGUAUUCAUCAUCAACAAGGUAUUCAACAAGUCCAAAAUGUUCCUGCAUUGCAAGAUGUUCAACAAGUCUCAGGUGAUCCACAAGUUCAAGGUGCUGUAUCUUAA